AUGGAAGAAUCAAGCCGUAGUGUUGUCUUCGACAAAUACGCGAUCGGAAAACUUCUCGGAACCGGUAAUUUCGCCAAGGUAUAUCACGGAACAGAGAUCUCCACCGGCGAUGAUGUGGCAAUCAAGGUCAUUAAAAAAGACCACGUGUCGAGACGAGGCAUGACGGAACAAAUCGAGAGAGAGAUCUCCGUCAUGCGUCUCCUCCGUCACCCAAACGUCGUCGAGCUCCGUGAAGUGAUGGCCACAAAGAGUAAGAUCUUCUUCGCCAUGGAGUACGUCGACGGCGGAGAGCUUUUCGAGAUGCUCGACAGAGACGGGAAGCUCCCGGAGGAUCUUGCGCGGAAAUAUUUUCAGCAAUUGAUAUCCGCCGUCGAUUUUUGCCACAGCCGCGGCGUUUUCCACCGCGAUAUUAAGCCGGAGAAUCUGUUGCUCGACGGAGACGGAGAUCUUAAGGUUUCGGAUUUCGGACUUUCGGCGUUGAUGAUGCCGGAGGAGCUAGGUGGGCGCCGUGGCAGCAGCGACGAUCUUCUCCAUACUCGGUGUGGGACGCCUGCUUACGUGGCGCCGGAGGUUCUUAGGAAUAAAGGAUACGACGGAGCUAUGGCGGAUAUUUGGUCGUGCGGCAUCGUUUUGUAUGCUCUUCUUGCUGGCUUCUUGCCGUUUAUCGACGAAAACGUCAUGACCUUGUACACGUAA